UAUCGAGUAAUCGACAGCAGCGGUGAGUUCUCAAUCAUCCUAAACCCAAAGCUACUUCUUUGUAGAUACGCAAUGCAUUGUGUAUAGUGCGGUGUAAUUCUUGGUGAUUCUUCGCAAGGGCUCUUAUGUGUUUGUUUCUAGGUUUAGGGCUUGAAUAAUGUGAAAAUGAACUACUGCGAAGAUUGAGUCUAUAGAUUGUGGAUUUCCUAGAAUUGUUCUUGUUUUUCUUUAUUUACUAUAUCAGAGUUGGGACCAGAACCAGGGUCUGUGUGUCAUAAGGUGCGUUGGGUAGUACCGUAUUGGUUCAUUUAGAAAGAAAAAAGGUGCCUUUACUUUUUGCUGGAGUCUGCAUUUUGGGUUUAUAGUUUGUUCAUUAUGCUGGUUAGAUAGAAAUUUAUUCGAGGUCUGGAGUUAGGGUUGAGAAAUUUGAGGAAUGUAUCAUCUGUUUACCCCAAAAAAUCAGUACUUCAGUAGGUAUGUUUGAUUAUUUGUCUUAAUUAAAUGUUUAUAAAGUUUUUUAAUGGGCAUUUGAUAUAGGUGCUUUGCUGCCACCUACACAACCAAAUAGUUCUUAAAACACCAUAAUGGCAGUUUCAUUUGACCCACUUUUUUUUCUUAUUUUUUGCCUUUUCAUUUUCAGACAAAAGUUUCAUGAUAGCAGAUACUCUCUUGAAUUUCUCUUAGAUUCUAACCCCUGCGGACAAAUGUCUGGUAUUUGGUUGCUUCUAUUUCCCAAGGCAUCUAUGUAAAGAAAGUCAAGGACCCAGGACAAUGGCAGAAUGUCAGAAAUGAUCAAUCUGUUUUCCAAGCAUUGUGAAAUUUUCCUCUUUAUCUUCAGUUACAUGUAAAGACAACUUGUAAACUUUAUAGUGACCGUCCUUCAUUGGUUGUCCAAAGAUUCCAACCUUUCAUCAAUUAGAUCUUAUGGUACCGAAGGGAACUCUAUUUUUAUUAUUUUUACUUAGAUUAUGAUAAACUAACUAAUUGUUUGCAGACAGACUAACUUCAUCGUGGAUGCCUUGAGUAGGAAGGCAGAGCCGUCAGUAUUUAAUUGUGGGACAGUGGCAGCCACAAUCAGGAACUUAAAAGUGGAAUGUAUUUUUUUAAUAGAACAGUUUUUGCAUUCUUGCCUCAUCAGGUGUACCAAUGAUAUUCUCACUGUGUGAAAUUUUUUUCCUCUGGUUGUCUACUAAAAAAGCCACUAGUGCGAGUUCAUUGUGCGUCAGAUUUUUUUUGUUGAAGACAGCGUUGGCAUAUGCCUUCUUUUUAUUCCAGAACCCAAAGCAUGUUAGCCGUAAGGUGGAAGUUUUUUUCUUUCUACUUUAGAUGUCAUUUCAAGUUCCUGAUUGCUGCUCAUUUUGCACAUUUUUGCAAAGUCAACCCCAACUCGUGGGGUUAAGGCUUGAGUUAAGAUGAGGCAGUUGGUAAGGAACUUCAUGUUAUUGUAUCCAGUGAGGUUAUUCAUGUUUGAAAUAAAUGCAGGUACUGAUGAUGAUCUUCCUCCAUCACAUUAUAAUACAGUUUCACGAAGGGACCGUGUUACAGGAAAUGGAAGAUCUGUUGUAAAUUCAGCUCCACACAGUAGGAUGCAUGGUGACAUGGAGCUCCAAAUUCACAAAAUUGAGCAAGAAGCAUAUGGUGCUAUCCUAAGAGCUUUUAAAGCACAGUCUGAUGCACUAACAUGGGAGAAAGAAGGUUUAAUAACAGAACUUAGGAAAGAGCUCAGAGUGUCAGAUGAUGAGCACAGGGAUCUACUCAACAGGGUUAAUGCUGAUGAUCUCAUCGUUAGGAUCAGGGAGUGGAGAAAGGCCGGUGGGAACCACAAUACCAUGCUCAACAUGCUCCACCCUGUUCAUGACCUAGUACCCAGUCCAUCAGUUUCAGGGUCUCGCAAGAGGCAGAAAACAUCCCAAUCAAUACCUCUACCAUUUGGAACGCCCUCACAGUUGUUACACCCUCAAAUGGUUGCUGGAACCACACAGCCAUCAUCCACAGCUGCAAAAUGGGGACCUGCUUCAGGAGCUGGAGGCAAAAAGUCUAGACCUGUAAGUAAAUUUCUGUGGUUGAGUAGAACUGAGAAUCCUAUAUAG